AUGGCGUACUUCAAUGCUCCCGAGAGCACCACUGCUCGCAUUGGCGUCUUUGUGACCGUCGCCAUCUUUCUUCUUAGUGCUUGGAUCACGAUGAGCUUGCGACUUUGGAUCACUUUUACGGGCUUCUGUACCGUCGUGAUCCUGAUCGAGACUAUUGGUGGUGGACACCGACCUAAUGAGCUAGACUUUCCGCAGCUCGCUCGUCUCGUUGGCAUGGUCGUUUCGAGCUUCGGACUCUACAUUGGAAGCAUGGUGUUCUUCAAGAUCUCUAUGGGUAUCUUCUACCUCCGGCUCGUCAUCAGAGCAUGGCAGCGGUACAUCGUUCAUGCAACGAUUUACAUCAACACCUUCUACGGGACGCUUCUCUUCUUCGUGGCCAUAUUCAAUUGCGGAGAUCCAUCAAAGUACCUCGAGAACGAGCUUCGAAAUGUAUGCAUGCAAUAA